AUGGAAGCUUCAACGAGUGAUGAAUACAAUGAUUUUGCUAAAACACUUGAAGAUGAGCUGAUGAUGUUGGACGAGGAGGAUCACGGUGCAUACUUUAAUGACGAAGGAAGUCAGGAUAUGCACAACGAAUGUUCGGGUUCUGGUGGGGUUGAGUUAGAUCACUCGGAUGGCUCGGAUAGCUCCUUUGAUGGCUCGGAUUGUGAUGAUGUUGAAUCUAAAUUCCCCAACUCGUUCACCAAGAGGAGGAAGUUAACAUCUCAUUGGAGAGCAUUUAUCCACCCUCUUAUGUGGCGUUGCAAAUGGGUCGAGUUGCAAAUCAAGAAGCUGGAUGCCCAAUCCCGAGCAUAUGCCCACAACAAGGCUCCAAGUGAUCAGACCUUGCCGCGGAAGAGAAGACGAAGAAGGGAAGCAACAAACAACGUAGAAGCCUAUAUGUCUCGCCACAACCUCUUCUCUGACUAUGAACAUAAGAAGCAUAACCAACAGAUUUCUCACAAUGUGGUGAAUAAUUCUGGUACGUGUGAAGAAAGCAAGAGCAAUAGUGAGUUGGGGAACGACGAGGCUAGAGAUUGCAACAAGGAUCACGAAGACAUUCUUGAAAGGCUUGAAGGUCUGCAAAGGCGAGCACAUAAGCUGAGGAGUCUAGUUGAAGAGGAAAAGGAUGAUUAUUUUAGCUCAGUUAUUUGGCCAGAUGGUACAUUGGACUCGCCUUUGCCUCCGAAACCAAAAUCAACGUACCACCGGAUGCCAGUGGGGACUCACCUAGCAUCUCAGCUUCUAGCAGAUUAUAACUUGGGUGGCGUGCUUUUACCCGAGAGCGCCCACCCUGGCCCUCUGCCAAAACAAACAAGACAUCACCCUCCUUCUACUACACAUGCUUAUCAAAAUGAAGACGAAGACGGAGAUGAUGAUGAUGUUUUGAUUGACAAUCAAAGGGUGAGAGAUGAGCUGCCUUAUUUUGAGAAAGGGAUCAUGGUGGUGAAUCACGAGGCCUUGGCUAGCAAAAGUCGCGCAGAGCCACAAGAUCGUUCAACUACAAAGGCUACUAAGACUAAUACGCGGUGCAAGAACAAGACAUGGAAAUGAUCUUGAUGAGUAUGGAAACAAGUCCAUAUAUGUGGAUAUGAAUUUUUGCUUUAUUUGUACAUUCUUCCAUUGGCUAUUAUUAUUGCAUAGGUCCCAAGUUGCAGAGAGUCGAGAUUUCCUUGGCAUGAUCGAUCCCUUUGUGUGUGGUGUGGUGUGCUACACAUAAUUGGGAAAAUAUUCAUCUGUUAAAUUCAACCCAACCGUAGGUGGAGAGGCACUGCUGCGUUGCAGGGCAUGCACCUGCGACGUGAAUCUGCUUGCGCGCGUCUCAGCCUGCGCUCACACACGCGCGCGUGCCGGCUCGGAAGGACGCACCGGGCAGGUACAUAACGCUUUUCCUUUCGUUUUUUUCUU